AUGUCGCAUCUUUGGGUGCUGUGCUUGUUACUAACGGGAGUUUGUGCAUUCACUUACGAUGUUCAACAAAAGUUAAACAGUUGCAUUAACAACUGCUUACAGUCGCUACCAACUCAGGAUUGCGGUACCUGCGUACAACCUCCACCAUCACCUCCACCACCACCAGGAUGUUACUGCCCUAACUCGCAACCUACCGGAUGGUGCUGCGUACCGCCGCCCCUGAACCCCGGCUGGAUUCCGCGCCCCGGUAUACAACCACCAUUCCUUUGGCCAGGAAUACCGAACCAGCCGCCACCGGUCGAACCAGAACAGCCCGAGCUCGAGCCAAAUCAGUCUACCGAAACUCCGGUGACGCCCAGCAUCCAGCAACCGCCGCCGAUCAGACCCUGGAUUCCGAACUACCCAAUUCCCAACUAUCCUCCAGUCUACCCCAAUCCGAACUUCCCACCUUAUCCAUACAACCCACAUCUACCGGAGACAAAUCGUCCCAUUCCAAAUUUCCCAACUUGGCCCAACAAUCCCGGACCUGGUUUUCCCCCUCAGCAGUGCUGCUCAAAUUCCCAGGCGAUACAAGGGUGCGUCAUCUGUUUUCCGUACAGACCGCCGCCGCUAUCGCCGGUCGGUUGCAACCCUCUCUGUUUCGGCAACGUGCAGUGUUGCAACAGUUGGGAUGGUACAAUCAGAAGGGAAGCGAAAACGGCCGGUAAUGAAUAG